AUGAAGCAGCUCUUAGAGCAGCGGCGUCAGAUCAUUGCCAAGAACAGGAAAGAAUGGGCCAAAAAAGUCAACGGCUAUGCCAGUGACGAAGAGACGGCCGCUGAAAAGGCCGCAGAGAUGGCGAUGCCCGAGGAGAAAAUGACGUGGGCACAGUCCCUGAAUCGCUGCUUCCGCCGAUGUGGACUCGGUGAGCAGCGCCUGACUACGCUGCUGUACGGUGUGUUGAACGUGCUCGUCUUCUUCAUUGGCUUUAUCUCCAAUCUCAACGGAGGCUUCCAGGGCUCUUGGGCAUAUCCGUUGGCGAAGGGCGGUGGUUACAGUAUGGACUUGAACUUUGCAAUGCUGGUGCUGCCCACUUUGAAGAGCUUGCAAACGGCUACAAGGGGUGUGGGUUCAUCGCGAGAAUGGAUUCCAAUCGAUGAUCCGAUCAGCUUCCACAUUGUCAUCGCCGGCUUCACAUUUCUGGGGGCUGCCAUCCACAUUGGAGCUCACUGUGUGCACGCGUACUCCAUCAAAGUGGCCCCACUGAUGCAACUGGACCCCCUGCAUUUGUGGAAGCUGAGCGCCGAGGAGCCUUCAUUGCAGCCUCAUGAACAACUGUUAAGACUGUGGCCAUAG